AUAAAAACCAGCGGUGGAAAAAUUUUUCAUUCAUUACAGCAUCCAUUUAUUAAUUAAUUUCAACGAAGUUUAUCAUGACUCCAUUAAAAUUUAUUUAUUUUCCUUUCGUUAUUGGAAUAAUUCUCAUACCUCACGAAAUUUAUGGAAAACGGCCUAAUAAAAUAGUCAAUGGUACCGAUGCAGCGAUAACUGAUUUUCCCGGAAUGGUUUCUAUUCAAAAUUGGGGAUUUCAUUUUUGCGGCGGAGUUUUAAUAACAAAACGUCACGUUUUGACAGCAGCUCAUUGUUUGACAAAUGUUGACGGCACAUCGAAAUUAGUACGAUUGCUGGACAAAGAUGCAUUUACAGUCGCAACUGGAAGUAGUAAUUGUCAAAAACCUGAGCAUGUUUACAAUAUAGAAAGAUUUGAUGUUCAUCCACACUACAUCGUACGACCACCUCAAGUUUAUAAUGACAUUGGUAUCAUAACACUAGCAGAAGAUAUCAUUGUUGAUGAAAAACAACGACCUAUGAGACUUUCAACUUUGUACUGUGGUGCUGGUCAGUAUGCGACAGUAGUAGGAUGGGGAUUUUUGCAUGAGGGAGGUGGUACUACAGCCAAAUUACAAAAGGCCCCGGUAAUUACUUUGAGUAAUACAGAAUGCAUACGACGACUUCCUCACCCGAUUGGAAAACACCAAAUUUGUGGAUUUUAUAAAGACGGAGUAGGUUUUUGUGACGGUGACAGCGGUGGCCCUUUGAUCAGCAAUGGACAAGUAGUUGGCGUCGUUUCGAUGGGAUACGAAUGCGGAGCGGGACUUCCGGAUAUUUAUACGCGGGUGCAUUCAUACUUACCUUGGAUUUAUAGGACAGUUUUUAAAUUUAAAAGAUAAAUAUAAUAUUUAUAACUAGGAUAUCUCAUAUAAUGUAAUAUAGAAUCGAUGAAUAAAUGUAAUAGAAAGCGUAUUUUUUUAUUUGCUAUCGAUCGAUUACAAAAAUCCUGACUAUGCAGUAGCUACUAUACUUACAAUCAGCACAGAAAAUUAUUAGAAGCAUAUCGAUUAUUGGUUUUAUAGUCUUUUAAUAUAUAACAAAGUUAUUAUUGUCUUGGUGUAAUGUCCAACCAGAAGCCCCCUUCAGCCAUUAAAGCGAAACUCUUUUUGCUUAAUCUCAUUGGCAGAAUCAUUUUUUUAGCAGGUUUUAUAUUACACUUUGCAAGAAGAU